AUAUUUGGAAGAAGAAGAAAACACAACAAUCUCCAUCAAACAAUCUCAACAAUCUCAACGAAAACUUGAGAUUUAACUAUCACUCAUUUUGAGUGAUAGUUUGUGUCAAAUCAAACAAACAAUGCAUGUAUUGUUUGCGCAGAAAAUUCAAAAAAACGAUGCAGUGUGGACAUUACAUGUAUGUUAUUGUUGAGAUAGUUGAGUUGAGAUUGUUUUGUCUCAGCUUUUAGCUGAUGCGACAUACACAAUCACACAUACCAAACGUUGUAUUCUAUAAUACAUCAAAUUCGACAAUACAUGUAUAAUAUUAUACAUGCAUUCUCAACAAUACAUCUAUUUAACAAUCGCAACUUCCAAACGACUCCUAACUAAAUAAUUUGAUAUCACAAAGUAUAACACGAGAUUAGUUAAUAUUGAACACUUAACUAGCUGGAGCUCGAGUCGGCUCAUUAAUAUACGAGACGAGCUCAAACUGGAGAAAAACUCGACUCGGCUUGACUCAUUUGCAGGCUUAUGACACAUCUAUUAUCUAAGCUAGAAGAGAUCUUUGGGUCGUACUGUGUUGCAGUUGAUUGGAUCGUCCCCAUCCAUAUGGUCUGGUGGUGGCACAGAAAGAGAGAAAGAAAGAAAGGACAUUUCGUGGGCAGAAUAUUUAUACGGAUGAAGCCCAUGCCCAUGAUUGUUGGUGGCUAGCUAAUUCCUGACGACCUUUUCCUUUUCUAAAAAAAAUGGAAAAUCGAUCAAGUAGUAUUAUAUAUUGCGAAUGAGGAUGGGCCACGUGGUGAAGUUUGCAAGUGGCCACGUCGAUCUUCUGUUAUCUAGCUACCAACAUGCAAACCCACUUGUACUAUACCUAAUGUUCGACUUCCAGGCGGAUCGUGUACAUAUAAUAAUAUGCCAGAAAAAAGGCUUCUCUUUACGGGUUAAUGACACAAAUAUUGGGUUUUUUUAAUUUACCACUAAUAUGGCCAAUUAAAAAGUAUUGACACAGAUAUUAUGUUUUGCAGAUAAGAAUCGGCGAGGCCACCUGUGACUCAGGCGCUGCCGCUUUAGCUUGUUUUUUGGACCGUUUUAUUUAGUUGACAGCGGCGGCGCUCAAAACUCAGGCGGCACCGCCUGAGACCUAGGCGAGUAGGUGGGAAAUCAUCCCAGGCGGUGGCGCCCGAGACUGAGGUGGCACCGCUGGCUUAUUGCUGGCCACCCACCUUAUAAAACCCAGACAAUUUCAUUUCAGAUUCACACCACACAAAAAAUCGUCCAAAAUAGAGGAGAGAGCUCUGGUUGCUACUGCAAAAAUGGCUAAUAGGUAAGAGACACAUUUAUUUUUGUAAUUAUAUUAUUCAAAUGCUAUUAUGAUUGUGUUUAGUUUUAAUUAGUGAGUUUUUUUUAGUGAUUUUAGAAGAUUUGAAUUAGUUAUUCGGUGGAAAUCGGAGAAAGUAGAGGAUAAUUUGGGCGUCAAAUUCGUUGGUGGUAGUAGUUUUUAGUUGACGGUUCCAUCCAGAGUCACAUAUCACAAACUUUGUGAGAAUCUAAUUCCGAGAAUACGGCGCAGAGACGAAGCAGUAAAAGAUAGUGAUGUGAUCACAAGAUUCACUUACCGUCUUCGAGAAUGGCAGAAUGGUGUUUUAUUUCAUUAUGCGAUACCUAUUGUGGAUGAUGAUAGCUUGAAUGUGCUUUGGAAUUUUAUGGCACAAAAUCCUUAUUGUUUGGGUGCUGAGAUACAUGUUGAGCUCAGUGAGAAUCAGGGUGGAGAGGAAGAAGAUGAUACAUGGAGCGUGCCAUCCGAUCAUGACUAUGAUGACGGUGAUGACGGAGAGGAGGAAGAUGAGGAGGAGGAGGAGGAGGAGGAGGAAGGAGAGCAGCUUAAUUAUCCUCCAUAUUUUUACUUGCAGGGUAAUGAAGAGGACGAAGAAUUAUCACUUGCUGAUUCAUAUGGCGUAAUUCCAAUGCCUAUUGUUGAUAGUUUUGAAGGAGAAUUCUACAAGGGGCAGAUAUUUCACUCGAAACAAGCUGCACAGAUGGCGAUUAAACACCACGCACUACAACGCAACUUUCAAUAUGGCGUGGUGGAGUCGUCACCUUCAAUCUGGAAGGUCAGAUGCUUGAGGCACAAGGAUGACAAUUGUCCUUGGAUGGUGCGGUUUGGAUGUCGAGAUGUUGGGGGCGAAUGGACUGUGAGAAAGGCUGAGUUGGUGCAUUCUUGUAGCAGUACGACUCAACCGACGGAUCAUCGCCAUCUUGAUGUCGACAUGAUAUCUGAGGCCGUCAAACAUUUGGUACGUGCCCAACCAAAUCUGAGUGUUCUAACUGUCCAGGCCGAGUUGAAAGAUAAGUUUAAUAUGCAAGUUACUUACAAGAAGGCUUGGUAUGAGAAACAAAGAGCAUUGGAGAAGUUGCAUGAAAAUUGGGAAGAAUCCUACAAUUUUUUGCAAACAUUCUUGCGGGUGGUCAAGAGAAAAAUGCCAACAUCGGUGAUUGAUUGGGUAAGAGUUCCUUCGACUCAACCAGGUCAUUCAAUAUUUCAGCGAGUAUUCUGGGCUUAUGGACCUUGUAUAGAUGGAUUCAAGAAUUGUCCAGGCGUCAUGGUUGUGGAUGGAACAUUUCUUACUGGGAAGUAUAAAGGAGUGCUACUCAUGGCGAGCUCAUUUGAUGGCCGGAAGAAGAUUUUUCCAAUUGCAUUUGCCAUGGUGGAGAGCGAUAAUACUGAGAGUUGGCCAUGGUUCAUGAGGAAGGUUUAGGGUUUGACUGAUCGAAAUGAUGUAUGCAUCAUCUCAGAUAGACAUGCAGGACUCUAUGAAGCCAUGAAUAACCUCGGAAGAGGUUGGGAGUGGAGGUGGUGCAUGCGACACUAUGCAAGCAAUUUGCAAAGGAAGACUAAAAGCAAAAUUAUGUAUAAUCAACUAUUUCGAGUCGG